AUGGCAGAAUAUUUUAAACUACCGUGUUCUAAUCAACAAAACUAUGUUGAAAUCAAACUACCACAGUCGGUAGGAUCUACAGGAACAAGUAAUGCUGCUGUUGCCACCGGUGGUACUGAGAUUGUUUGUUGUGUUGAUACAAGUGGCUCAAUGGCUGGUAGUCCUAUACAUAAUGUCUGUGAAGUUUUACGCGACAUUUAUCAACGUACACAAAAAGACUAUCGUUUAUUUGCAUAUAAUACACAGACAGAUACAAAGCGUACAUUAAAAACAUUGUCAGAACAAAAUGGUGACCUGCAAGCCAGCGGUGGUACCUCAUUUGCCUGUAUAUUUACAGCUAUCAAAGACUUUCUUCUACAAAAUCCGUCAUCAAAGACCUUUAUAUUUAUGACUGAUGGACAGGAUAAUGAACCAAAUGGUCAAACGCUGAAGAAGAGUAUUGACAUGUUAAAAUUACUUUUAAGUGGAAUGACAAAUUCUCCUCCCAUUACAUUUCAUGUUAUCGGCUUCGGUGAAGUUAACGAUCAGUUUCUUAAUCAAAUACGAACAUUUGGUACACGUCAAGGGCUCUUUCGUUAUUCAACAGAAUCAAAAGAAUUACAAAAUAAUUUUAAUGAUAUGUUUGAAUAUGCAUUGAAUGUACGUGAAUUUACUAUUAAACUUUCGAGUGGCAAAACUUACACUACAAAUAGUAUUGAUAAUGAAACAGUUGGUUUUCUAACUAACGACGAUGAUGAUCUCAGUACAAUUACAGAGUUGACACUAACUGAUGAUACAACAACAACGAGAAACUUUUGUUUAACACAAAUGAAAAAUGUUCGUCCUAUACAUCUUCUACGUGCACUCAAUCUUAUUUCACCACAAAAUGAAGAACACGUGAGAUCAAUACAAACCUAUUUGAAUACAAUUCAAAUUACAAACAGCAAAAAUUUAAUGGAGCGUUUAGAAGUUGAACAAAUGCACAAGGAAAUUGAUCAACGUAUGAUGGAAUAUCGUCAAUUAUUUACGCAAUUGAAAAUGCAUCAGGUACCAGAACGUGUAAAACUGCAAUUGAGUGCACUUAGACAUGAUCCAAUAUUUGCUGACGCACAACGGAAGAAGAAAUUGGAUUUAAGAAUAAAUAAAAAUGUUGAUUAUUUUAAGAAAACAGAUAUCAGUGGUAUAUUACAAGGGUAUAAAGAUUCAAUUACAUCGGAUACAUGGCAAAUGAUUAAACAACAGAAACAGGAAUGGGUUGAUGUCUACUCAAAUGAAGAUAUCUAUGAAAUAUUUACUUAUACAUGUGUUUAG